AUGAACAGUUUCAACGGUCCACUCUCCUAUGGAAACAACAACAAGCUGAUCCAGUCGUUGAUCAACCAGUACAACGGCCAGUACGUCCAAAAGCCGUCCACCGUCUACCGAAGUACCCUUCCCUCAAGCUCGCUGCAGUCGCUAAUGAACAGCAUCACCUCCGGCUUCAAUUUUCGUCCCAUUGGCCGCCGCAGUGGAAAGGGCAGUCCCCUCGACAACGCCCUCUACAGUCUGAACGCCAUUCCCGAUAGUACCGGUGGAAACGUUGGUGCACCAGGCGAGUUCAACAUCAACAACAUCAACGCCAUCAAUGAAAUGAUCAGCACUGCACUGAACACUAUGAACUCCGCAGGAGGAGGUAACCCAAUGAACCCAGCUGGCAACGCCGGCGUUAACUCCGGCCUGAUGUCCACCGUCGGCUCCUUCCUCAGCUCCAACAUUGGCAAGCCGAGCAAAAAGCUGCUCUUUGAGUUUCCUAAAGCCAUCUACAAGAGCAUCGGCGAGAAGAUCUCCGGAGCGGGCGAGGCGGCCGUCAGCGCCACCGUACCCCUCAAGGACUCCUUCUUCAGCACCAUCAAGUCCUUCUACAGUUACCUGAAGCCGAAUCGAGCUGGUGGUGGAGCACAGCUGACUGAAUCGAACCUUGCCGCAGCGGCCGCCGCCGCAGCUGCCGGCUUUACCGGUCAGUCGCAAGAUUCGGGUGCAAACUCAAACGGCCAAAGCUCUUCAGGAAACGGCGGAGUUUUCAACUUUAAGCGCCGCCAGUCGAUGGAGUCGCCCUACGUGUACCACUUUGCCGCCGCUCAGCCGCAGAUAACCGGCGGUAAUGGAGGUAAUCAGAGACAGCAGGGAAACUGGCAACAACAGCAACAGCAGCAACCUCAACAGCAACAGCAGUGGAACGGAAACUUUGCCAAUUUUCAAAAACAGCAGCAACCUUCAUCAAACUCCGGAGUUCAAAACAGCAACUCGCAGUUCAUUCACCAGGCAGCAGUGGAACAAUACAACCGCCAGCCGGUUCAGUUCAACUCUCAGCAGUUUGACCCGACCACCAGUGCCCAGUUCAACCAGGCCCUGCAGCAGGCACUCUUUGGCAUGUCAUCGGCUGAAUCACAGCAGCAGCAGCAGCCUUCCUCCAAGGUGAUCCCCUACGGCACCCGAAUGCAGCCCCUUGAAUCGCAGCAAAUUCCCGUCCUCCACCAACACCACCAACAGCAGCCCCACCACUCAUCCGGCCUGUACGCCCGUUCCAAGGAGCUCUUCAACAAGAUUGCCCGAAAGGCCGCCCCUCGCCAUCCCCAACCCGCUCAACCAGCUCAGCCCCAAAUUGCCCAGUUUCCCGGACAGUUCCUCGGCAGCCCCGCCGCCCCGAAUCAGCAGCUCUCCAGUCAGAUUCUCACCAAAGUUCAGUCGAAGUUGGGCACCCUUCCCACCGCCUACAAUCAACAGCAGCAAGUUCAACAGCAACAGCAGCCUCAAUCCUCCUCUCCUCUAGGCCAGUGGACCCAAUCAGUUCUUCUUAGCAACCCGCCCUCCCAGCCCGGCCAGCAGAGUCAGUGGACGCAAAACACUCAACAACAGACCCAACAGCAGCAGCAGCAGCAACCGAGCUCAAUCACCAGCUACUACACCCAGCAGCCAAUCAGCCAACAGCAGCAACAGCCUUCAAACGGCAACCAACAGCAGCAAAGCUUCUCCUUCCAGUCUGACCAAUCUCAACAACAAUCUCAGCAGCAGCAACUAGGCCAGUACAUUGACCAGCUGGCAG